CGGUGGUGUGGAUGAAAUCAUGGAUUCCCACUUUGUUAUUAAAAGUGUCUCAAAAAAUAAAGUUUUAUAUGACCCCAAAUAUAAUAGAACAACUGAAAGAAAGCAGGCGUGGAUUGAGGUUGGGGUUGAAUUAAAUCAGGAUGUGGAAUUAGUAAAAAGAAAAUGGAAAAAUAUCAGAGACGAAUAUGUGAAAUUUGUAGGAGGCCUUUCAAAAGCUAGAAACUAUGGGCUAGCAUCCCAAAUGGAGUUUUUAAACCCCUAUUUACACGGAGUUAGUUUGAAAGGAAAGAAAGCACAUAAAAUCAAACAUGAAAAGGCAGAUAAAAUUAAACAUGAAUCAGAUGUGGAAAAUUAUUUACCAGAUCAAUCUCUAGCCAAUCCAAAGUCUUCGCCAGAUACUUUGAAUGGGCUGGAUCUGAUAUUCUUAGGAGUUUCCAAUCUGAAAAAAACCUAUCCUCAGGAUGCUAAAGAAUCUCAGGAACCUGCAGAAGCUCUGUGUUCCUUGGACGAGGUAGAUCAAACAUGUUCACAAAUUACCAAUGUAAUAAAACAAUAUGCACAAUCCAAGCCAAAUUUGGUGAACCGCAAAAUAAACAAUUUUUUUAAGGCGCAUGGUAUUGAUAAUGAUAAUCAAAGUACAAGCGAUGGUACAAACAUAUUACAAAUGAAGUUCAACUUUGAGCGUCGGUCGUCCAUUGACUGCUGAAGUAAAAAGGGAAUAACUUUAAUAUAUUUUUUUUUUCACAAUUAGGUCUAAUGCUAAUGUGUUUCAGAUUUAAUUUUGAUUUUAAAACUUUUAUUAUGUCUAUAUUUGAUGAUUUAGAAAUAUUUGUUUGUACUUUAUUUUGCAAAAUAUUAAUAAACAAAUAAAU